AUGGCUAUUACAGCCUCACAGGACCAUGCCCUGGUGGCGGCUGAGAGAGUGGCCUCUGUGUUUUCUGUUUUUGGAGCCGCAUUCAUUAUUGCGACGUUUCUUUCAGACAGCAAGUUUCGGAAACCCAUCAAUCGACUGGUGUUUUAUGCUGCAUGGGGGAACCUGUUUGCCAAUGUGGCGACCCUGAUUGCGAGGUCUGGCAUCAAGCUGGGGGUGACAUCCCCGUUAUGUCAAUUCCAGGGCUUUUUGAUUCACUGGUUCUUGCCUGCUGAUGCGCUAUGGACCUUCGCCAUGGCGUGCAAUGUGUACCUCUCCUUCUUUCGACAGUACGACGCGUCGCAACUUCGAGGCCUGGAGUGGAGAUACCUGGGAGCCUGCUAUGGUUUUCCUUUUGUGCCAGCUUUGGUGUUUUUGUUUGUCGGUUCUGACGGCAAGGGAAAAGUGUAUGGGGAUGCAGUGCUCUGGUGCUGGGUCUCGACGGAGUGGAAUGCGCUCCGAAUCGCGACCUUUUAUGGACCAGUGUGGCUGAUCAUUCUUGUGACCAUGUUUAUCUACGUCAAGGUGGGCGUGGUAGUCUUUCGUUGGCGAAGGCACCUCCUUUCUUUGAAUCAGAGUGAGGGCAGAGCCGACAUUCCGUCCAACGGCUAUGCAAUGAAUCAACUGCCGACCUCUCCUGUGUCUCCAAAGACGUAUGAGGUCACCAUCAGCAGUCAAGUGCCUCAUUCGCACACACCGAACCAGCAGCGCAAUUUGAGGUCCCCACGGAACACCUACCACGAGGAUGCGCCAUCUACAAAUGUAGACCAAACAAACACCAAUGUGGUUGUGGAGAGACCACCAAUUCGAACACUGGACGCGAACAAGGCGACUAUGAGUUAUUGCAAAACGGCCAUGUUGUUCUUCCUUGCUCUCCUCUGCACAUGGGUUCCUUCCACCGUCAACCGAGUGUAUACUCUGGUCUGGCCAGAUGACUCUGUCUUCGGACUCGACUUUGCUUCGGGUCUGGUGCUUCCACUGCAGGGGUUUUGGAAUACCAUCAUCUACAUUGUGACCAGUUUGCCGGCUUGUCAGACGCUUUGGGAGGAGACUCGAACCACUCUCUUUGGACCUCGAGCUGGUCGUCCAGAUAGGACCACACCAGCACUCGCGCUGGCCAAACACAAUCGCCGAGUGCUUGGCUCCCACGACACGAGAGCAAAUGUUACAGUGAGCAAGCAUGGGAGUAAACGGGUUGUGAACUACGGAAACGAGGAGGGGAAUAUGAGACAGGCAAUGAUGAGUUCGGGUCCAACGUUGCCACAUGCCAGAUGA